AUGCCCGGCUAUAACCUACCAAGUAAGACCAUCUUAGACUGGUAUGUGGUUAUUCUAAGAUCAGUGUUGGUCUUGGACUUGAUUGCCGUUGCUUUCACAGUUUUUGUGAUUUUUAAGGGUAAGCCAAACGCUAGGAUUGCAAUAACUUGAUUAAUGUCUGCUUCUAGCAUCUAACAGCAGUAUCAAGCAGUACAGUUACUUUCUUAUUCACCAUUUGGCCUGGUAAGAUAAUAUUAAAUUAAUGACCACUUCGGCAGCGUAUUUGUUGGUUCUUUCUGGACCUGUUUUUGCCCUUUCAGGUGUGCUAUUGGAGAGUCAUUAGUCCAACUGCGAGGAACGGUCUCACUUGGCGAAAAUCAAUGCUUUCUUUUCUACGGGUUGGAUGAAUACUUGCCUCGGAAAGUAAUGUUGCAUUACUUGUUCUUCUCGUCGAUUGCAUCGCUGUCUCGAGGAGCCUGCGAAGUAUUCUUGUUUCUUUUUCGGUUUGCCGCUUCGAUCCAUCCGGAUUCCAGAUUUUACUUUGACAUUCACAGCAUUCCAGUUUGGAAGACGUUUGUCUUUCUGUACUGUUUAAUUGCGAUUAAUGUGUAUGCUUUUCUAGUAAGUUAAUUGUGUGUGUAUAGCUAUGCUUCAACUUCCAGACUCGAGUCUACGACACUGAUGAGACCUUUCAAUCCCGGUUUUACAAUAUCUCUCAAACCGAUUCUGAUCUCGCCCGUUUCGCUGAAGGAAAGACGAUUCUUUGUUUUCGUGAAGAAACGGUUUCAUCUCACUUAGUUGGAACCGCCUUAUUUUAUAUGAUUCUAACAGCCUUACUGCUUCUAGUAAUGUUUUAUAAUAUCAAAACCUCUGCGUCUUCACUACCUACCCGACAAACUCAGCUGGCAUUGCUCAACACACUCGUCGCGCAGUCUGUUCUGCACGCAAUUUUCAUUUCAAUACCUGCUGCGCUGAUUGGAAGCGAUGUUACAAAUCCGGAAGUGCCUAUGAUGACAAUUGUUUUUCACUCGUCUAUGGGCAAUUAUACGCACAUAAGUUGUCUAAUGCUGUUGGUGAUUAUCAAGUCUUUUCGGUCGUAUUCGGUAAAUCUGAUUGGGAAGUGCUUCAAAGUUGGACGGCAACAGAUUGAGCCGAUAAGCCAACGUGCGAGGAGAUGGUGGUCAAUUUCUCAAAUUCCUGAGACGACAAUAGCCCCACAGAAUCUGACGGAAAUGAAAAAUCACUCAUAG